AGGAACCACCGGGACGGGGUGCGCGAGAGCUAGAGUGAGCCGUCUGCUUUCUCUCCCUGAAGGAAAUACACCGAAAGAUCUAAAAGGAGACAGCGCGUGCCGAGGGGUAAGAACGGCACAGGUAGCGGGGAGAGAUGUCCAUCUCCACACAGUUGGGCCUCCUGCUGUGGAAGAACUUCACCUACAGACGGAGACAGACGCUUCAGCUUCUGGUCGAGAUCGUCUGGCCUCUCUUAAUCUUCUUCAUUCUCAUCGCUGUGAGGAUCAACUACCCACCCUACGAGCAACAUGAAUGUCACUUCCCAAACAAGGCAAUGCCCUCAGCGGGCACGUUGCCAUGGAUACAGGGCAUUGUCUGCAAUGCCAACAACCCCUGCUUCAGACACCCAACACCAGGAGAAUCACCAGGGGUCGUUGGAAAUUUCAACGAUUCCAUAAUCUCUCGGUUGUUCACCGACGCUAAGAAGAUCCUGCUGUAUAGCCAGAAUGACCGCAGCCUGGACGGCUUUAAAGAUCUCUUCAGCGCACUCAAGACCCUGCAAAACAACUCUGAAGGGUUCCGGCUGAAACACUUCCUACGCGAUGAUGAAACUUUGUCAACAUUCCUGACCCUUAACGCAUCACUUCCUGAAGACGCCGUCAAGGAGAUUGUGGAGGCAGAAGUCAACUUGGAAAAGGUGCUGGUUAAAGGCCUGGGUGUGCACCUGAGGGACAUGUGCAAUGCGACGCUGGUGGAGGAGUUUGUGCACAUCUCCAACCGGAGUGUAUCCCAGCAUGUGCACCAGGCCGUGUGCCAGAGACCACAGACAUGGCUCAACCAGGCCGAGGAGCUCUUUCUGGACAACCUGGACUUCCUCAAGGCCCUGAGGUCUGAUAUAAGGGCUGACCCUGAAGAUCUAAAACAGGUUGCCAUGGCGACGGAUAAUCUCCUGGAGAGUCUGGGGGCACUGGCUGUAGAGCUGGCCAGCAUGCGCAGCUGGAGUGAUCUGCGGAACGAGAUCCUGUUCCUUACCCAGAAUGCCACGGGUUCACCGGCGCAGAUGUACCAGGCGGUGUCCCGCAUCGUGUGUGGGCAUCCAGAGGGCGGCGGACUCAAGAUCAAAUCCCUCAACUGGUACGAGGACAGCAACUUCCAGGCCCUGUUCGGUAACCACGGCAACAGCAGCGAGGACGAGCCCACAUCCACCUAUGACAACACCUCCACCCCCUACUGUAACAGUCUGAUGAAGAAUAUGGAGGCGAGCCCCAUCUCUCGGAUGAUCUGGCAGGCGCUCAAGCCUCUGCUCAUGGGCAAGAUCCUGUACACGCCCGACACCCCCGCCACGCAAACCAUCAUCAAGGAGGUGAACCGCACCUUCCAAGAGCUGGGCAUUCUGCGUGACCUGGGGGGCAUGUGGGUGGAACUGCGUCCAAAGCUCUGGAGCUUUAUGGAGGACAGCGAACAGGUCAACCUACUCAGGUCUCUGCUGAAGAAUAACGUGUCUGCGGUGUUCCUGCGCCACCACCUGGUGGGGACGGACUGGAGUGUGGAGGACAUCUCCAGCUUCCUGUCCAGACAGUCCGAGGAUCAACGGCCGCCGGGGUCCGCUCUCACCUGGAGGGACAUCUUCAACGAGACUGACCAGGCCAUCACCAGCAUCUCACGCUUCAUGGAGUGUGUGAAUCUGGAUAAGCUGGAGCCGGUGCCGUCGGAGGAGAAGAUGGUGAACGAGUCCAUGGUGCUGCUGGAGAACAGGAAGUUCUGGGCGGGGCUUGUGUUCCCCGAUAUUCCAGCCAAUAGCAGCGAGCUUCCGCACCACGUCAACUUCAAGAUCCGUAUGGACAUCGACAAUGUGGAGCGCACCAACAAGAUCAAAGACGCGUACUGGGACCCCGGUCCCCGAGCGGACCCGUUUGAGGACCUCCGCUAUGUGUGGGGAGGAUUCUCCUACCUGCAGGACAUUGUGGAACACAGCAUCAUCAGGGCCGUUACCGGGACAACCGAGAAGACUGGUGUCUACAUCCAGCAGAUGCCUUAUCCUUGCUACGUCGAUGACAUUUUCCUGCGUGUGAUGAGCCGCUCGAUGCCACUGUUCAUGACGCUGGCGUGGAUGUACUCGGUGGCCAUCAUCAUCAAGAGCGUCGUGUACGAGAAGGAGGCGCGGCUCAAGGAGACCAUGAGGAUCAUGGGACUGGACAACGGCAUCCUCUGGUUCAGCUGGUUCAUUAGCAGCCUUAUCCCUCUGCUCAUCAGCGCCGCCCUGCUGGUGCUGCUGCUCAAGAUGGGUAACCUCCUGCCCUACAGUGACCCGGGCGUGGUCUUCCUGUUCCUGAGUUCCUUCGCCGUGGUAACCAUCAUGCAGUGCUUCCUCAUCAGCACGGUGUUCUCGCGCGCCAACCUGGCCGCUGCCUGUGGAGGCAUCAUCUACUUCACCCUCUACCUGCCCUACGUGCUGUGUGUCGCCUGGGAGGAGUAUGUGGGCUUCUCCACCAAAGUGGUCGCUAGCCUGCUGUCCCCGGUGGCAUUUGGCUUUGGCUGUGAGUACUUUGCGCUGUUUGAGGAGCAGGGUCUGGGCAUCCAGUGGAGCAACCUGCUGGACAGUCCACACCAGGAGGACGACUACAGCCUGACCACGUCCCUGCUCAUCAUGUACUUCGAUGCUGCCCUCUACGCCCUCCUCACCUGGUACAUCGAGGCCGUAUUCCCUGGUCAGUACGGCAUCCCACGGCCCUGGUACUUCCCCUUCACCCGCUCCUACUGGUUUGGGGACGGCCAAGGGGCCAAAGGUGGCGCCGCCACGCAGGGCCGGAGGGAAAACGCAGCCGGUGUGUGUAUGGAGGAGGAGCCAGUGCAUCUCCCUCUGGGUGUGUACAUAGAGAAUCUGGUGAAGGUGUAUCGGCACGGCAGGAAGCUAGCCGUAGACGGCCUCUCGCUCGGCUUCUACGAGGGACAGAUCACGUCCUUCCUGGGCCACAACGGAGCCGGCAAGACCACCACCAUGUCCAUCCUGACAGGGCUGUUCCCGCCCACCUCUGGCACGGCCUACAUCCUGGGCAAAGACAUCCGCUCCGACCUGAGCGCCAUCCGACAGAGUCUUGGAGUGUGUCCUCAACACAACGUCCUCUUCAGCAUGCUGACGGUGGAGGAGCACAUCUGGUUCUAUGCGCGACUGAAGGGCCUAUCUGAGGAGAGGGUGAAGGAGGAAAUGGAGCAGAUUCUGACCGACACAGGCCUGCCUCACAAACGCAGCUCAUGCACCAGCACUCUUUCAGGUGGCAUGCAAAGAAAGCUGUCGGUGGCUCUGGCGUUUGUGGGUGGCUCUCAGGUCGUGAUUCUUGAUGAGCCGACGGCGGGAGUUGACCCCUACGCACGCCGAGGCAUCUGGGACCUACUGCUGAAAUACCGUGCCGGCCGCACCAUCAUUCUGUCGACACACCACAUGGACGAGGCGGACAUCCUGGGCGACCGGAUUGCCAUCAUCUCGCACGGACGCCUGUGCUGCGUGGGCUCCUCCCUCUACCUGAAGACGCAGCUGGGCAGCGGCUACUACCUCACACUGGUCAAGAGAGACGGCGAGCAGUCCCUCAACUCCUGCAGAAACUCCGCCAGCACGGUGUCCUACAGCAAGAAGGAGGAUAAUGGCUCUGACAGUAGUUCUGAUGCGGGUCUCGGCAGUGAUCAGGAAAGUGAAGCCGCCACAGCCGUCGUGGACUCAGUGGUGCCCCCUGCAGACGUGUCUCUGAUCUGCGGCGUGAUUCUGAAGCACGUUCCUGGAGCUCGGCUGGUGGAGGACCUCGGACAUGAGAUCACCUUUGUACUGCCCUACGCGUCCGCCAAAGACGGGGCCUUCGUCGAGCUCUUCCAUGAGAUGGACGAUCGCCUUGCUGACCUCGGCAUCUCAAGCUAUGGCGUGUCUGACACUACGCUGGAAGAGAUCUUCCUGAAGGUUGCACAGGACAGUGGAGUUGACACUGAAAUCAUCUCAGAUGGAACCCUGCCCGUGCGUAGGCGACGCAGACACCAUGCGUUUGGAGGAGACCACCAGAGCUGCCUGAAACCCAACACUGAAGAUGACCAGAACGACAACGACUCAGAAGCAGAUCCAGAAUCUCGUGAGACGGAUUGGCUCAGUGGUGUGGACGGUAAAGGUGCCUAUCAGGUGAAGGGGUGGAGCCUUCGGAAGCAGCAGUUUGUGGCGUUGCUAUGGAAACGAUUCCUUUAUGCCCGUCGCUCCAGGAAGGGGUUCUUUGCCCAGAUUGUGUUGCCUGCUGUGUUUGUGUGCAUCGCUCUGGUGUUCAGCCUCAUCGUUCCUCCCUUUGGCAAAUACCCCAGCCUUGCCCUGCAGCCCUGGAUGUACGAGGAACAGAACACCUUCAUCAGUAAUGACGCCCCUGAAGACGCCUCCAUGCAGAGACUCCUGGCGGCUCUCAUGGACGGACCAGGCUUAGGAACUCGCUGCAUGAUCGACCGUCCAGCACCGAAUAUGCAGUGCACCAUGGGGGAUGAGGAUUGGCUAGUGCCAGAGGUUCCGGAGAGUGUUCUGGCCCUGUUCGCCUCUCAGAACUGGACCAUGGAUGACCCGUCUCCGGCGUGCGAGUGCAGUUGCCAGGGCAACAAGCGGAUGCUCCCAGAGUGCCCUGCAGGCGCAGGCGGCCUCCCGCCACCACAGAUAAAGAUAAGUGCUCUGGACACGCUUCAGAAUCUGACCAGUAGGAACAUCUCCGACUACUUGGUGAAGACCUACGCUCAGAUCAUUGGCAAAAGUUUGAAUAACAAGAUCUGGGUGAAUGAGUUCAGAUAUGGAGGCUUCUCAUUGGGCGCGCGGAGUACCCAGGUCCUUCCUCCAGCAGCGGAGAUUGACGAUGCCAUUAGUCGAGUGCGGGAGAUCUUCCACCUGGAGGAAGGUUCUGGAACUGCAGCUGACCGCUUCCUGCACAGCCUCUCAGGGUUCAUCAACGGCCUGGACACAAAGAACAACGUCAAGGUGUGGUUUAAUAAUAAAGGCUGGCACAGCAUGGGCGCCUUCCUCAACGUGAUGAGCAACGGCAUCCUGCGUGCCAACCUGCCCGCGGGCAAAGACCCCGCCUCCUUUGGCAUCACCGUCCACAACCACCCACUCAACCUGACCAAGGAGCAGGUCUCCCAGGUGGCACUGGUGACCACCUCAGUGGACGUGCUGGUGUCCAUCUGCGUGAUCUUCGCCAUGUCCUUCGUCCCCGCGAGCUUCGUAGUCUUUCUCAUCCAGGAGCGUAUCAACAAAGCCAAACACAUGCAGUUCAUCAGCGGAGUGCAGCCCUUACUCUACUGGCUGGCCACCUUCGUCUGGGAUAUGUGUAACUACUUUGUACCGGCGACCCUCGUCAUCAUCAUCUUCAUCUGCUUCCAACAAGAGGCGUAUGUCUCCUCCACCAACCUGCCUGUGCUGGCCCUCCUGCUGCUGUUAUACGGGUGGUCCAUCACUCCCCUGAUGUACCCGGCGUCCUUCUUCUUUAAUAUCCCGAGCACGGCCUACGUGGUCUUGACCAGUGUCAACAUCCUCAUUGGGAUCAACGGCAGCAUCUCCACCUUCGUCCUCGAGCUGUUCGGCAACAACGAGAUCGGUGGGAUCAAUGACGUGCUGAAGAACGUGUUCCUCAUUUUCCCGCACUUCUGUUUGGGGCGUGGUCUCAUCGACAUGGUGAAGAACCAGGCCAUGGCUGAUGCCCUGGAACGUUUCGGGGAGAACCGGUUCCGCUCGCCCCUGGACUGGGACAUGGUGGGGAAGAACCUGUUUGCCAUGGCAGUGGAGGGGGCGGUGUUCUUCAUCAUCACCAUCCUCAUCCAGUACCGCUUCUUCUUCAAGCCCAGUUCUAUGAGUGUGAAGCUGAGGCCUGUAGGGGAGGAGGAUGAGGACGUGGCGAGAGAACGCCAUCGGAUAGUGAGCGGAGCAGGACAAGGAGACAUCCUGGAGCUGAGACAACUCACUAAGGUAUACAAGAAGAAGCAGAAGCCGGCAGUGGAUCGCUUGUGUGUGGGCAUCCCCCCAGGAGAGUGUUUCGGGUUGUUGGGAGUGAAUGGUGCAGGGAAGACCAGCACUUUUAAGAUGCUGACUGGAGACUCACCGGUCACCAGUGGAGAGGCCUUCCUAGCAGGGAAGAGUAUUCUGCGUGAGAUUGAUGAGGUGCAUCAGAACAUGGGCUACUGCCCUCAGUUUGAUGCCAUCCACGACCUCCUGACGGGCCGAGAGCAUUUGGAGUUCUACGCCAUCCUCAGAGGGGUGCCCGAGGACGAAGUCUGCGAUGUAGCAGAGUGGGGCAUCCGUAAGCUGGGUCUGGUGAAGUACGUGGACAAAGCCGCAGGCAGUUACAGUGGAGGCAACAUGAGGAAGCUCUCUACUGCCAUCGCCCUGAUUGGAGGCCCUCCUGUCGUGUUCCUGGAUGAGCCGACCACUGGGAUGGACCCUAAAGCCCGCAGAGCCCUCUGGGACUGUAUCCACAGCAUCAUCAAGGAGGGACGAUCAGUGGUGCUCACCUCACACAGUAUGGAGGAGUGUGAGGCCUUGUGUACACGCAUGGCCAUCAUGGUCAACGGCCGGUUCCGUUGCCUGGGCAGCGUGCAGCACCUGAAGAACCGCUUUGGUGACGGCUACACCAUCGUCCUGCGCGUGGGCGGUCCCGAGCCGGACCUGGGCCCGGUGAUGGCGUUCAUCCAGGCCGAGUUCCCCGGAUCACUGCUGAAGGAAAAGCACAGGAACCUGCUGCAGUACCAGCUGCCCUCGGCCCUCAGCUCCCUGGCCUGGAUCUUCAGCACACUGGCCAAGCACAAGCAGCGCCUCUGCAUAGAGGACUACUCCGUUUCACAGACCACACUAGACCAGGUGUUUGUGAACUUUGCUAAAGACCAGAGUGAUGACCCAUUGGAACACGCCAAGGACCUAUCAGUGCGUCUCAAAGACACGCUGGUGGGCAUGUCCCUCCUAAACUCCGCCCACGGCCCCUCCCCCAAACCACCACCAAAGGAGGUCAAGGACAGUUUUGUGUGACUCCUCGUCGCCUGGCAACCAGGACGGCGUGCUCGCAAGGACACCUUCAUCCUCCUCCUUGCGUCUCCCUGUUGCUGUGGCGACGACCUCUGACCUGUAAUUCUGCCGUGGGAGGUACCGCCUGCAGGGGGGCCCGUGGAGACAGAGGAGCUCAAUGCAAGUCAAUGCAACUGCAAUUUCCAACACACACACACACCAAUGAGUGUGUGUUUCACUUGAACAAUUGCCAUGAUUGAUGUCCUUGUCUAUGUGUGUGUGUGUGUGUGUGUGUGUGUGUGUGUGUGUGUGUGUGUGUGUGUGUGUAUCUGGGGCCCAGUCAUAGUCCCCAGUUGUAUGUGUGACUCAGUUCUCUAAAGCACACACACACAUGAAGAAUCAUCUCAGUCUCAGAGACAUUUGAGUGUUUGAUCUCUGCGUUUAACAUGUGCCUUUAUUUAUGCUGUAAAUAGAAACAGAAUCUAUGAACCACUUUUACAAUUUUAGAAUUGAAGUCCAAUUGGGCAUUAUGUAUUGUGUUGACUAAUCAGAGCGAUUGUGGUAAGGCCUUGGUGUGUGAUUGAAGCGAUUGCUCUUUUGUAAUAAAUGUUUAUUAAGAGAUUUGCUAGGGGACUUUUGCUUUGCUAAGUCAAGCUGCACAAUCACAGCACCUGAAUACCUCAGCUGAUUCAACAGUAUAGGCAGUAUUCAUGGCAACAAUGUCAUGAUAGAAUCCAAACGUAUCAGUAUCCAAAACAACUAAGACUUCUAGAGUCCAACCAUUUCAGUUCCUACAACUAACUACUUCUAGAAUCUAUGUAGGCAUAAUAACUAACUUCUAGAGUCCAAAAAUGUCAGUAUUCAUAGCGACAAGACACUAAACAGAGUUCAGUCCAGUGCCGUGUCCAGAUACCUAAAGGAAGAGAGGGAGAGGAGCACUGAGUGACCUGGGUUCGUAUGAGCCGCCCCUGAGAGUGACUCCAGGUGGCGCUGGUGUGCUCAUGACAGCACUGUGUCUGUUCUUGGCUGGCUGUGUUAAGAGGACUGUAUGCACUAGCCUGCCACUGGGGGGCGAUGUUACUCACUAACCUCAACAAUAAAACUACCACAAAUCUGUA